AAGCGGGUUAACUAAACACUGGCGGGUUUUGUGUUUGUAUGGAUUGUUAUAAUAAUUGUUUGUUUAUGGAGUGUACAGAAAUUUGAUAGCGAUGUCCAGUGAUACACGAAGAGAUUUGCUUCUCGGUAUCGAUAGUAUGAUUACCAAAUUACUCACUGCUAUUCGAUUUGAACGCAGGAUAUAUGAUAAUUCUUUUCAUGAAGUUGGAAGUUCACCUGAGAUUUUCCAAGAAAAAAGAUCUCCAUCAACGACAUUUUGUAAAGCUACACAAACUGUACAAACAUUUCCAGUAUCUUCCGAUAUAUGUGAUCCACCAAAUAAUUUGAGGUUAAACAAAGACUUCGUCUCAAAGUAUGCAUCAUCCGGUUUUACUUCAUCUGGACAUCGAUCAUGUGGCUCAUCGAUAGCGCAUCGUUGUGAGGAAGAUAUCAGCAAUCACUUUACAAUAAUGUGUCCCUCACAUCCGAGCUUAUCAUGCUCAUGCAGUUGCAAACUAUAUCAGAAUAAGUAUUGUUCCACUCCUAAGUGCAAUAAUGUUGAUCUUAGUCGAACCGGUUAUAUAACAACUCACUCUAACCAUAUUAUAUCAGCAGAUGUUAAAGAUUCUCGCAACGAACGUCGAACGUCUUCCACAAGUGGUUGUUCCACUGCUUGCUCUUGUCAAAGACAUGCAUGUGGUUUCGCCACUCCAAAGUAUCCCUCUGAGUUGUUUCCUAAUAAAUCUGAUUGCUCUUGCUCUUGUCAUAUGCAUGUCUUAUCAAAACUCUCUUAAUGUUAUCUCAUAAAAUGCAUUUGUACAGAAAAACUUUGUAUUUUGUAAAUUUGUGCUAUUUUAUUUUUCCCUAAACUUGUUUUAUUGAAAUUUG